GAACGUUUCUGCUCGUAACCCACUUCGAAGUUUUGAGCUUAAUAUUUUCUAUUGUAAAUUCGGAAUGUUUGCGUUGUAUUACUUCCAUUUGUUUUUUAUAGAAAAAAAGGUUGCUUAUGGAUUGACCACAAUAUAGUAUAAUGGUUUCUUAGAUAUAUGUUAAUUGUAAGUUAAUUGUUUAAAAUUAAUGGAGCUGAAGGUCUGGGUCGAGGGAAUACAAAGGAUUGUUUGUGGGGUGACGGAGACUACCACUUGCCAGGAUGUAGUAUUUGCUUUGGCCCAUGCUACUGGCAAAGUGGGAAGAUUCACAUUGAUAGAAAGAUGGAGAAAUAAUGAGCGACUUUUAGCUCCACAGGAAUAUCCACUAAAGAUCCUGAUGAAAUGGGGUGAAUAUUCAAAUGAUAUACAAUUUAUAUUAAGAAGAUCUGAUAACAAUAGCAACAACCAAAAACCUUUACAAUCUACUCAUAACUCUAGAUCACCAAUAGGAAAUGGGAGUCAUAAUAUAUCAAAUGUGAAUGCAGCAGAUAAACAAAAUUCACCUAAUAGGGUGAACACUACCCCUACACUUAACAAUGUAAAUAACACUUCCCCUGGUAAUCCUGUUGGUGUGGUGAAGGGUGUGCAGCAAGCUAAAUCUCCCGAAUCUAACAGUCCAGUGCUUAAAGAUGUCCCACCUUAUAGAGACCCGCCACCGCCAUAUCGAUCACCCCCACCGCCUUCAGCUUUAAGGAAAUCCCCAAAUCGUACAACACGUAGGACUCCACAUAUGUCACCAGUUAAUUUGUCGGAGCAUCCUGAAGAAGAAAGGAGCCCCGAAGCCGUUACUUAUAACAGCCAAUAUAGGGAAUUGGUUUCAUUAGUAAACUAUCAGAGAGAAAAACUAACAAGUCAACAAGUGGAUCUUAUUAAGUAUGAUGCAGAGAUUGGUUACUGGGAAAACAAAGGUAGAGAACAAGAACGACAAGUUGAGUUAUUGCAACAGCAAAUAACAUCUGCUGAUAACCAACUUCGUAUCAGCACCGAACAGGUACAAUCUCUUAACUAUGUGGAAGAAGAAAGUGAAAUUGUAAAACAAAAUGAAAAAACACUGAAAUCAGAAAUAGUGCUGGUCCGAUCUAAACUGGCUAAUUGUGAAACUGAAUUACUGCAGUGUAAAAACAAGGUUCGCAAAUUGAUGGAGGAUAUACACAAUGAACAACGUGUUUUAAAUAGCCGACAACAAGAGAAUAGACAAGCGUUGGAGAGGUCUAUGCUAGCUGAGAUGGAAAACCUACAAACUCAAAUACAACAAGCAAAACAUGCAACUGAAAUUAAUCAUCUCACAGCAGAGAAUUUAAAACGAGAGGUUGGAGUACUGGAGAACGCGAUAAUGGAGAAGAAGCGUCAAGUAGAGCGCUUAGUCCAAGAAAUGAAAGAAGCAAAUCUUCAGAGUUUAACAGGCAGUGUUGAUGAACUACGACAUCCACUUGAUGGAUUGUGCAAGGCUGGAAGUGCUCGUAGAAUAAUAGGUUCACCAAGACAGCUUGAAAAUGCUGCACCAACUAAUAAAAAUCCUCAUGGUGUGUGGGUAUAAAAAAUCAAUAUCAUAGUACCUAUUUAUAUGGUCAUUUCAUUAAGGACAUUUGUAAAACAGCAUCAUCUAAAGUAUGUUCGGUUAUGAAAAUAUUUUUGAAUUAAUUUUUCAAAGGGUUCAUUGUGUUAACAGAUUUGUAUAGUGGUGAUUUUUUAAUUAUACUGAAAAUAGGUAGCUUUCAGCUUGUUUAACAUUUAGCAUAGAAUGUAGGUAAUUGAUGAUUUGAAUUUUAGAUGUUUUAAUAUAAUUAUGCAAUGUAUUAUUGUACUGCCAUAGACUUUUGUGUGAAUAUUAAUAUUAAUUCGUUAUUUAACUUUCAGGAUUUGUAAGUUAUUAUUUAGUGAAUAAUUUAUUAGAUUUGUGUUCAAAUUAGUGUCAUAUUUAAUCAUUGUCACAAAGUAUGUUAUAAGAAUUGUGGUUUUGUAUAUUAAUUAUAUUAUUAAAGUAUUAAUUGUAUCUUGCCAUCUCAUAAUAUAAUCAAAACAAUGAUAGUUGCACAGAUAAAAUUAUAUUGUGAACUAUGAACUACUACGAACAUUUUUACUUUGUUGCUAGUAAGUCUUCUAUAAUAAUUGAAUUGAAUUAAUAAACAAUGAUAAAACUAUGAUAUGUGCUAACAUUGACAAAUAAAUGAUUUAUACUAUGUCAGUCACUGAUAUUCUUUACUCCUUAGAUCAGAUAUAGAAAUUGUAUAGAACAUUUAUGUGCACUAUCAAGCUACGAUUUAGGUGUAGAAGUUGAAUACUAUAAACAAACUUUAGAGUGGCAAAUUUAAAAUGUUCUACUAGACUUGUAUAUGGGUUGCAUUUAACAUUAAUGAUACAAUUUUAAAAGUUGUUCUUGACAUUUGUAUGCAUUUGAAGCACUUGUUUUGUAGAAACUAAACAAACUAAUUAUUAUAAUUAAUUUGUUAAUGUUUGAAGUGAUCAAAGUGUAGUGCCAUGAGUGCAGUAUAUUAAAUAAAUAUCUUUCAGGUAUCAACAAUAUAUUUUUCGAGUUGGUACUUUAAAUAUUAUUUUAUACAUAAAAUUGGUGUAAAACUUAAUAUUAUGUAUUUACAAUUUUUAUAUUAUAUAAACUUGUAAGGAUCUGUCAAAUAUAAUCAAAUAUCAUAUGUUCUUGCAAUAUAGAAAUAAUGUAUUGAUAAUAAUAAUCUAGUCGAAAAUAUAAGCCAUUGCAAUAUGUUAUAGACAAUUUUCAUAGAAGUAUGGCCUAACAAAUUAAAUAUGUACAUGCGUAAUAGAUAAAGUUUAAGGUUAAUCCUAAAUUUUAUUUAUUUAUAUAUUGAAUUAUUCUGUGUACUCUGCAUGGUUAAUUAAGACAGUUUGUGUAUAUUCAUAUACAAAAUAUACUG